AUGGCGCUGUCAGCUCAGAGCGAGAGAAUGAUGCCGAAAUGGGUGGCGACAUACGUGGGCCCAGUAACAGCCAUCCCUGUGCUGCUGUUUUCUGGGUUCUUUGUCAGCUUCGACACCAUCCCGUGGUACCUGCAGUGGAUGUCCUAUAUCUCCUAUGUCAGGUACGGUUUUGAGGGUGUCAUUUUGUCCAUCUAUGGUCUGGAUCGAGAGGACCUGCACUGCGGCAAAGAAGACACGUGCCACUUCCAAAAGUCUGAAGCCAUUUUGAAGGAACUGGACAUGUUGGAUGCCAAACUCUACCUGGAUUUCAUUAUCCUUGGCAGUUUUUUCUUUUCUCUUCGGAUAAUGGCUUAUUUUGUCUUACGUUACAAGAUCAGUGCUGAGAGGUAGAUGUUGGUGCAACAGAGAAGGAAGAAUAUCUGAGCCUCCUCCAGGCCAAACUGCUGAUGCUAAAACAGACUUUGGAUAGUUCAUAAAAAAGAACAUUUGGAGAUAUGUGUUGGUGUUUUGCAGUAGGACUCAAGACAUAGUCCACCUACAGAACAUCAAAAAGCAGACCUUUCUUUUAGAAGAUGGACAGAGCACUGUGAUGUGAUGCUGAAGACUUGAAAUGUUAAAAAUGAUUCCCUCGGUUAAUG